UUGGUACCCUUACUGCACAUGUUAUCAGCAAAAUCGUUUAUUUCAACUCAACCUAUGCAAACGAAUUUGUAAUAAUAAAAAGGAAAUAUCUCUCCCUUAACAAUAAAAUGGCUGACGAUUUAGAAGAAAAAAUUGCGAGACAAAUUGAAUAUUACUUCGGUGAUAUUAACCUACCCAGAGAUAAGUUUCUGCAGGAGAAGAUUAAAGAAGACGAGGGAUGGAUUGGCGUUGAUGUACUAUUAACUUUUAAAAGGCUUGCUAGUCUAAGUACAGAUGCUGAUGUGAUUAUAAAGGCAGUUAAGAAUUCAGGAAGUGGUAUUGUUGAAGUCAGUGAAGAUUCAAAAAAAUUACGACGAUCUCCAAAUAAACCAGCACCAGAACUUGAUGAUGAUAGAAGGAAACAACUUAUGAAACGUACAGCAUAUGCUAAAGGUUUUCCUGCAGAUGAAUCUCUUGACGACAUAAUCGAUUUUUUGAAGCCAUACGGUCCCAUUGAAUCUUGCAUUAAACGUACUUAUCCAGAUAAGGCGACAAAAAAGAAUAUAUUCAAAGGUUCAUGUUUUAUAAUAUUCAAAGAUGAAGAAAUUUGUGAAAAAUUUGUUGAUACUAAGUCAAUCAAAUAUAAAGACAUAGAACUUGUUAUUAAGCCGCAGGCAGUUUACUUUGAUGAAAAAAAAAAAGAAAAUGAAGAGCGAAAGAAUCAGAAAAAGAAAGGAAAAACAGAAUUGCAAGAAAAAGUUACCGAAACCAAGCUUGAUUAUCCCCUGGGUGCAAUAUUGUAUUUUUCGGGAAUUAAAGAAGAGGAUGUAAUUACCAGAGAAGAAAUUAAAGAAAAAAUGACUGAAAUUGCUAAUGAGGAACCUUCAUUUGUUCAUUACUAUAAAGGAGAAACUGAAGGUUAUGCAAGAAUGCCAAGAGAAAAUUCUGCUGUUGAAUUUUAUGAAAAAUUAAAUAAUGGAGAGCUGGAACUUGGUGAAGUAAAAUUAAAAUUCAGAGUAUUAGAAGGAGAAGAAGAAAAAGAGUUUCUUAAGAAAAAUGCAGAAGAUAUUAAUAAAAAGAGAAGUCAAUAUAAAAAGUGCAAGAGGUUUGGUAGAAAACGAUUUUCUAAUAAGGAAAUAAAGGAAGAAGAAUCUAAGUCUAAAAAAAUUAAAUCAGAGUAAAUUUCAAGUUAAUAACUUGUAAUUUAAAAAAAUACAAAUACUUUUAAUUUGCUUUACAAGUCCUACUUGUCAAUAACAGUUAAUCAAAUGCCAACAGCUUAUCAUUUUAUAAAAAAAUGCAGGAAAUGAUUAAUUGUCAUAUAAAGAAUUUAUUGUAUUUUAAAUUUUCCUUCCUAAAUAUACUACAGAAUUUGUUAUGAA